CUGCGGGUUCCUUUGGCCAAGCUGUUAGAACUGAAGAAGCUUCUUGGAUGAGAAGCAAAAUGUUUUCAAAGAAGAAAAAAAAAGCCCAGGAAAGGGCUUUUGGAAAACAGGACUUGUCACUUUGGGACAACAAGCAACAUCUGGAUCAGUGAACCUCUCAGAACCUGCUGGAUUUCACCCCUGAUCUGCAUGACUGAGCAUUUCUCUCAAGCAACGGAGAAGUCACCUCUGGAAUCGCUCACCUGUCUUGUCUCUUUCCAGGGCAGGUUGUCCCAGAAAUCCAAGCCAGAUAGAUGGCUGAAAACUCAAUAAAGGAUGCAAGUGCUUUCUCGCCUGUUCUUCAGUCUCGUUGUGUUGUGCGCCUGCGGCAUCCUCUACUUCCUGCUGUGUCCACACCUUUGUAGUUCCUUGUGUUGGCUCAGCUGCCAGCCUAGGGAAGGAGAGGAGGACAGGCUGGCACAGAGUGUGAAAACUGCCCAGUUUGAUGGCUAUAUCAGCAUCCCAGAUGGAAAGCCACUGGCUCAAGUGCCAUGCCGCCAAUGUGCCGUGGUGUCCAGUUCCGGACAGAUGUUAGGCUCCCAUUCGGGGCAGGAGAUUGACGCCAAGGACUGCGUCCUGCGUAUGAACCAGGCCCCCACCCAGGGUUACGAAGAAGAUGUGGGCAGCCGCAGCACCUUUCGGGUGGUCUCCCACACCAGCAUCCCUUUGCUGCUGCGCAACCAGAGCUACUUCUUCAAGCAAUCCUGCGACACCACCUACAUCAUUUGGGGCCCUCCCAGGCUGAUGAGCCGGGAGAAGAUUGGCUUGGUCUACCGGACCCUUGUAAAGAUCAAGGAGAUGUAUCCAGCUUUGCGCCUCUACACUCUCACGGAGAAAACCAUGGCCCGCUGUGACGAGCUCUUCCAACUGGAGACAGGGAAAAACAGGAUGAAAUCCGGUACCUUUCUCAGUACCGGCUGGUUCACCAUGGUUUUGGCGAUGGAGUUGUGCGAGCAGAUUUUUGUCUUCGGUAUGGUCAGCGAGAACCACUGCAAAGACAAGAACCAGCCACCGGUGCCUUAUCACUAUUUUGAGAAGGGGCGACUGGACGAAUGCCGGAUGUACCAGGCCCACGAGCGGGCUGCCCGCGGCGGGCACCGUUUCAUCACCGAGAAAGCCAUUUUCUCUCGCUGGGCAAAGAAAAGAGACAUUAUCUUCACUCAUCCGUCGUGGUCCGAUGGGUAGAAGGGGCUAUUUGCGUGGCCUGGCCGGCGAGAACUUCUGUCACUGGGCGAGGCUGGAGAAAUUACAGUGUUGCACAAAGUUGGCACCGAGGGACGUCCCCAUGGACAAAAUAUUUCUCCUUCUUCUUCUCUUAGCUGCCUACGAGAGAGAGAGAGAGAGAGAGAGAGAGAGAGAGAGCGAGCACAGAUUCUUCCUGGUUGUUCUUUCUUUCUUUCUUUCUUUCUUUCUUUCUUUCUUUCUUUCUUUCUUUCUUUCUUUUUCUUUCUUUUAUUAUUAUUUCCUCUGUGCCUGGUUUUGUGUGAUGUCAUUUUUUAUUUUUAUUAUUUUGCACAGAAAAAAAAGGAAAUGCUCUUAAACGAAAGCUGGAGGCUAGUGGAGGGGGAGGAGAGAGCAUUCGACGCUUCCUGUUUGAGGGCGGAUUCCGGAGGGUUGAAUCGAGAAGAAACGUGUCGUUUUGGUGUCACAAACCCUCCCUGAAACUUUUAAAAAGGCACAAUUGUGCAACCCGUGGAAAGCCCGGAGAGAUCUAUUUUUUAUAAAAUCUUAUUUUUUGAUCUUUCCUGCCCUUGUUCAAUUUUGACCGGGUUUGCAAUUCUGGGGCAGAACCCUAGAAGGAAAUCUAGGUGUGUAACAAGUCGCAAAAAUCUGACUCUUGACAGCACUUUAACUAAACCAGUUUACAGUGGUUUGUUUACAGCUUUAGGUAGACCUAAGGUGGCUUUUUCCGUAACGACCUCCACGCUCAAGUUGUCUCUUCGCCUCCCUCCUGAGCCCAGAGUUCAGGAGAGGUAGUCCUCGACUUAACGACCACAUUUGGGAGUGGAAUGUCCGUGGCUAAGCAAGGCAGGGGCUAAGGGACUUGCCUCCGAUUUUGAAACAUUUCUCUAUUUCCCUGCCCCACCCCCUUGGUUCUAAAGCGAAUCGCUGCAGGCUGGUAAGUGAUUCACCUGGUCGUUAAGCGAAGCAGGCUUCUCCCAUUGAUUUUGCUUGUUGGAAGGAGAUCACGUAACCCUCGUAAAUCCCCGCUGAUUGCUCAGCACCAAUGGUGGGAUUCGGCCGGUUCGGGCAAACCGGUUGUUAAAUUGCUGGCUGGCCCCGCCCCCUCCUCUUCUAGGAGAGCCCAUGCACCCGAUUUUGGCUCCCAGGUAAGUGCAGGGAGGCCCAAAACGGGGCACAGUGGGGGGUGCGGCAUGGCCCCUCCCCCCAGCCCAUUUUUGCUCCCAGGAGGCCGAGUGCUGCCUGUCACAAACCCCUGGCCCCACCCACCAUGGCCACG